UCAUCAUCGGUGAUCAUCACAAAUUAAACGAUGGAAGCAAAGUUUUUUCCAUACAACAACACACUACUACGUAUACGGUGUUCAUCAAAAGCACACUUGAUGAUGAAACGUAAACCAGAUGUUAUAGUAGCGAUGCACACAAGGCAUCAUCGUUCCUCUUCAGAUGAAUCUAGUAGUUUGAUCCACAAAGAUAAUUGGUUUGAUCGCUUAGCCAUAAACCAUCUUUCAAAAUGUGUUCAAGAUGCCACAGGAUUAAGGAACAGUAAGAGCGGGUAUGAGAGCCUCGUAGAGGCAGCUACGGUGGCUUCCCAGAAAUUCGAUCCCAUUCAGCAACGACAGCUUGUCAUUCAAGCUCUUCACACAACCUUACCAAACUUCAUAUUUUCAUUCACGAAAAUGUUACCACCAUCGAAAUUCACAAGACAAGUAUUUGCAGCUUUUACCACCUUGUUCUUUGCCUGGUUAAUUGGCCCCUCUCAGGUUAGAGAAUCGGAGGUCAACGGAAGAAAGGAAAAAAACGUGGUUUACUUCAAAAAAUGCAGGUUUUUAGAAGAGAUGAAUUUUGUAGGAAUGUGUACUAAUCUCUGUAAAAUUCCAACUCAAUCGUUUAUAAAGGACUCUAUGGGUAUGCCAGUUACCAUGGUCCCUAAUUUUGAUGACAUGAGUUGUGAAAUGAUAUUUGGGCAGGAUCCUCCACCAUUAAUUGAUGAUCCAGCACUAAAGCAACCCUGCUAUAAACUAUGCAAGGCAAAGAAAAAGCAUGAAACGGAUAACUGCCUCAGUUAGUGCAGAGGGUAUGUAUAAAUAUAGAGAAGUGCUUCCAUUUGGUUUAAGGAGAGCAAGGAUGGAGCAAGAAUAAUGUCUCCCACGUUGAUUAAAGUGCUCUACCGCACUCUAAACCAAUCAUUUCCAAGUUGAUUUCCAUCAUUUUAAUUACUACCUUCAAUAAUGUCAUUUUCACAUCUAUGUAAACUUAUUAAUAGGAAACUUCUUCUAUAUAUUUA